GGGUCAGGCGAUUGACAUCGAGCAAUAGGCAACAACGAUGGCGACGAUGUCAGCGUCGACUUGUAGACUCGCGCAGAACGAUAGGUUUCCCGCAAGAUCCAGCCUCCGGGUUACCUUUUCUCCACGAUCAACUUUCUUCACGCUUCGUCUGCCAAGCCCUCUCCUCGACCAACUACGAAAUAGUCACAAUCUCACAACAAGACCUCGAACAUGGACCAGGAUGAAUGUUUCGAAGCCAACACCCAGACGAAAUUCGGAUUACGUCUAGGAGGGCUGUUUGUGGUACUGGUGACGAGUUUCGUAGGGACGUUGGCACCGAUCGUGUUGAAGAAGAGGAAAUGGUGUCCGUUGGCCUUUUUCGAAUUCGCAAAGUAUUUCGGAUCAGGAGUGAUCAUCUCUACGGCUUUCGUCCACCUGCUAGCACCCGCUUUCGACCUCCUCUCUUCGCCUUGCCUUGGGGGAGCAUGGGCGAACUACAACUGGGCAUCCGCCAUAGCCAUGCUAGCCGUCUAUUUCAUCUUUUUCGUCGAGUUCGCCGCUUAUCGCGUAGGGACGAGUAGGAUGAGGAGGUUGAAGAUGAGGAGGGUGGUCGAGGUGGAUGGGAGGGCUGGCGUUGGGGGUGAAGGUGGAGGUGAAAGUGGGGAGUUGGAAGUAGAUGCGUUGGGCCACCGCCUGUCCCGACGCACUUCCAACCUUCCGGUCAGACUCGACGAGGAAGCUCACACUCAUUCCACCGCCACCGCCCUGCCUCUAACACUAAGCCUAGGCCUGGGCAAUUUGGAAGCGGCUAAAUCUACAGAGACCCUGGAGACUGCGGAUUUCACGGCGGACGUCACACCGGAAUACGAUACGACGACGACGGACGGGGUGGCCCAGUUGAUCGCGGUGGGGAUCUUGGAGUUUGGGGUGAUCAUGCAUUCGGUGUUUAUAGGGUUGACGCUGGUCGUCAAUGAGGAGUUUACGACGUUGUUCGUGGUCAUCGUCUUUCAUCAAAUGUUUGAAGGACUCGGAGUCGGGUCGAGGUUGUCGGCGUUACGACUCCCGCCCAACUUGCGCUGGACACCGUAUUUCGCUUCGUUCCUCUAUUCGAUCACCACACCUAUCGGGAUGGCCAUCGGAUUGGGGCUCAGUUCGAGCUAUAAUCGCCGGAGUCAGACGACGAUGGCUGUCGAGGGCGUUCUACAUGCAUUGAGCGCGGGCAUCUUGCUAUAUACCGGGCUCGUCGAGCUGCUCGCACACGAGAUCCUGUUCAACCCAAAGAUGACCUCGGCGAGCGUGGGCAAGGUGACGUACAUCUUUACGUGCAUCUUGGUAGGGAGCGGGAUCAUGGCUCUGAUAGGGUACUGGGCAUGAAAAGCCAGUGCGGGGACUCGUACUACAACUGUAUCUCUCUAUACACAUCGGCAUGGAUAUUAUAAACAUUAGGAAGAA